AUUAACCGCGUUCACCUUCCACCCCCUUCUCUGUCUCCGUUCCGUUUCCCUAAACCCCCUCCCUUUACCGUUAGUUGUUACCCCUUUCAUGGAUCUUCUCCAUUUUCUUCUCUUCCCAUCUCCCCUCCUUCGUCUCAACAUCUUAAAUAGCUCCGUGUUCUUUCGUCAUACUUUUUGAGUUUCCAUACCAUGAUUUCUGGCCAUGCGCUGGUUGCAGAACAUUUCCUUCUCCUCCCCUUCUUCUUCUUCCUCUUCCGUCUCAUCAUUAUCUGCCAAGCAUUCGUCCUCCUAUUCUCCUGAUCACUUUUCCCCCUCUAAUACACCCGACCGUCGCCAUCAUCACAGCCACAGAGGUGGCGGCGGCACCGGCUUCAGAUUUGGUCACCGUAAGCUCACGCGACAGAGGAAGUUACGUCACCUCUCCGACCAUGAUGUCUCCGCUGCCCAGAUGAAGGAACUCUCCCGCUCUACCAGCGCAUAUUCCACCACCUCGGGUUCUUCCUCUGCGGUGGCUAUGCCGUUGCCCCUGCCUCUCCCCUUGCCCGAGCCCGAAGCGGAAACACUCGUCUCCUCUCUUCCUUCCCCCAGGGAUGUCGGCCUCGGUAAAGGUGUGGAUGACAGAGACAGAGAUAGGAAUAGGAAUAGGGAUAGGGAUAGAGCAGAUGGGGCUGGAGACGGAGUUCUUCCAAAUUCUCCAAUAGCCAGGAAGGCAGCAGAACAUUCAGACAUGAAAUCCCGUGUCAAAAUGCAUAAAGAUCAGACUAAUAUGGCGACCUCUGGGAAUACGUACUGGAUAGAUGUUCCUACUAGGAGUGCUCCUACGAGCCCCUUCUCAAGUCCUGUAUGCAGUCCUCAGAGAAAAAGUCUCAAUGAUAUAUUCCCAUACCAUAAGGGGGGCGUGGCUCCUUGUAGAAAUCAAGGAUGGUCUGCUCCUGAGAUGCCAACCACAGAUAUUCCAGGGUUCCUUUCGCCAUCAUUCUUUGAUUAUGCUGGGAUUAGCACUGAUAAUUCUCCCAUUCACAGUCCAAAUAGAAGCCCACGCCUACAUCCUGGUAGCCUCAGUGGGUCUUCUUCACCAAUGCAUCCCAGGUUAUCCAUAGAUCCCUCCUUCACCCUGCGUGAAUGUACCAAUGUCCACCCGCUACCUCUUCCUCCAGGAGCUUCGUUGCCUUCAACAUCAGCUCCCAUUUCCCAAGCUCCAUCUAAGCCAGAAUCAUUGCCUAUGAAUUGUCAGUGGCAAAAAGGAAAGCUUAUUGGGCGUGGUACAUUUGGGAGUGUUUAUGUUGCCAGCAACCGAGAAACUGGAGCAUUAUGUGCAAUGAAGGAAGUUGAGCUACUUCACGAUGACCCAAAGUCUGCAGAAUGUAUAAAGCAGUUAGAGCAGGAAAUAAAUGUUCUCAGCCAGCUGCAGCAUCCAAACAUUGUGCAGUAUUAUGGCAGUGGAAUAGCUGAUGAUCGUUUCUACAUAUAUUUGGAGUAUGUCCACCCUGGUUCAAUUAAUAAAUAUGUCCGUGAUCAUUGUGGAGCUAUGACGGAGUCUAUUGUCCGCAAUUUUACUCGUCAUAUCCUUUCUGGCUUGGCUUACUUGCAUAGCAAAAAGACAAUUCACAGGGACAUCAAAGGGGCUAAUUUGCUCGUUGAUGCAUCUGGAGUUGUCAAACUUGCAGACUUCGGGAUGUCUAAGCAUCUUAGUGGACAAAGAGCUGACCUCUCUUUAAAGGGAAGUCCGUAUUGGAUGGCUCCAGAGCUCAUGCAAGCUGUGAUGCAGAAAGAUAACAACUCCGAUCUUGCAUUUGCUGUGGAUAUUUGGAGUUUGGGUUGUACAAUUAUUGAGAUGUUCACUGGGAAACCCCCUUGGAGCGAGUAUGAAGGGGCUGCAGCAAUGUUUAAGGUUAUGAAGGAUACACCACCUAUACCUGAAUCAUUGUCGCCUGAGUGCAAGGAUUUUCUGAGGUGCUGUUUCAGAAGAAAUCCUGCUGAAAGGCCAUCGGCUUACAUGCUACUGGAACAUCGAUUCUUGAAGAACUCACAGCAGCCAGAUGUCUCACCUUCCUCCCAGUUGCUUACCGGAACGAAAUUGAUGGAUAAGACCCCAAGUCCAAGACGCCAGUUGGAAUUUAAACUUGAUCCUUUGCCAGUAUUUCCAAGUGCGAACAAGGGGAGUGCUGAUAGUGAGAUUGGACAAAGAUUUCAGUAUGAAACUCCCGACUUAACAUUGGCCUCCCGCUAUUCCCCACGUUCUACUCUUGAGGGUCUUCCUACCUCACCUUCUCCGCGAUCAGCAAUCCACACUCAUCAUCUCAGCAUAUCUGCAAGCAUAUCCAAUAAUACAAGUUGUUGUACGAGAAAUACCCAUUUGGGGAGAUAACACAAGGAGAGGAAGUAGAUUGUUGUUGCUGACUUCAAAUGGAUGGUCUAGUGUAUAUAUAUGUGACUUGCUGCUGCUGCUGCUGUAGAUUCCGCCGGCGAAAAUGGGUAUGUCUUGAUAUCAUUCUCGCCAAUUCCGGACGUUUCUGAAAGCACAUAUAUUUUUUUCCAUCCUAUUCAAUCCUGGAUGUAACCGGGGCUUGGAAACAUAGAAGUAGGUUUUUUGUAUGCAUACACUAUUAACAAAUGGAGAGCUUGUGCAAGGAGACAAGAAGCGCUCUCUUUAUGUAUAUCCACCCAGUUUUAAUGCUUCCAAGUCUUUUUCCUCCAUGUAAGUUGAAGCCUGAAUGAAUUGUUAGUUCUUCUUUUAGGGGUACAUAUCAGGUUUAUGAUGUUACCAGGAGCACUCUGAAAGUUACAACAACAGGUCUUACUUUCUUGUA